AUGGAAGUCUCCUGGCAGCAGCCUGUCGUUGUCGCUGAUCGCAAAGGCAGCAUCCUAUUGCACGAUCGCAAAAAUGGCAGAAAUUUACCAUUGCAAACCAUACACUCCAAGGACAUCGUGUGUGGAUGCUGGAAUGCCUCCAACGUUCUCACUAUUGGCGCAGAUGACUCUACCUUAUCGAUGUGGAAUUUCAACGGAGAGAACAUUACGCAUGUGGCCUUGAAAGGAAGACCCAGAAGACCGCUAUGGUUUAUGGCACGAAUCAAUGGCAAUAUCGCAGAGCCAACACUCGCAAUGAUUGUUGGUGCGAAAAAGAUAUUCUUAUUUGCAGAGAGUAAUUUGAACUCUCCUAUUGAGCUGGGAUUUCAACCUCGCUACGGGGAUAUUGUCACGUAUGAUUGGUUUGGAGAUGGGACGAUUCUAGUUGGCUUCUCUUCUGGAAAUAUGGUUGCAGUCUCAACAAGCAAGGCAGAUCUUGGACAAGAAAUUGGAGUGACUCGCGAUCACAAGGACGGUAUAGCUGAUCUGGCUGUGUCAAUUGCUCUCAACAAGGCUGGUACUUGUGGAGACGAUUGCAUCAAAUUGCAUGAUCUGGCGGACGUUAUGGUCACGGAAGCUAUCGUUAAUUUAGAAGAGGAAAGGGGACAGUUGAAUUCACUUUCUUUUUCUGAUGAUGGACAAUUUGUUACGGUUGGAACCAAGACUGGCAGCACGUACAGCUAUCUCGCAAGACUGCCAUUGUUAGCCAGUGUUUGCGGAAACAACAUCGCAUUUAUGAGCUCACUACAAGAAAUAACCGUUGCUGAUCAAACCAAGUUACGAACUGGAGUUUCGGGUAUCUCUACCUCAUCUAUUUGUGGGAAACAAGAGCUAGAAGUUGAACCAACUGUGGUAGCUUUGGGUCCUGCACAUACUGGGGUUGCAUAUGAGAACAACACUCGAUUCUACCAACUGGGCUCUCUGGACAAGGUCAAUGCUCAAGUCAAGUUUGGAAAGUCAUUCCCUAAUCCUUCCAAUGUCCUUGAUACGGCUCUUGUGUCGCAUAGACACUACAGCGCACCGGUUGUAGGGUUGUAUCUUAAUGCUCGAUACGCUGGGUCCCUGCUGGCCACUGGGCAGUUUAUUGUUCAUUCCAUUGAUGGGGAAUCGGUUACCGACUCACCGGCAUCUUUGGAACAUGUCUUUCCGGAUUCUCAACAAUCAAAGUCAGCCAAAAUAACAUGUGCUGCACUGGCAAAUGAUUUCGUCGUAUAUGGAGAUUCAAGAGGAUGUGUCAGGAUGGCUGGAUUUGAAGAGUGGCGAGUGGUACAUGAGAUACAUGCAUCGAGCUCUGUCUUAGGUGUAUAUCCGCAAACCAAAGAAGGCGCUAAAGUCAUAUACUUGAGUGACGAUGGAUCCGCCGGUAUCAUUAAUCCUCUCACAGGCUUGCCUUGCGAUAUUCCAACCAACGCCGCAAGCAAGCUUCUCGGAUUUCUAUGGGACUCACAACCAACACCUCCUGCAAAUGCCUUUUGUGCCUGGGAUGAUCAGAAUCUAUACACCUAUACGUUUGUUUCUACAACACUGCGUGGACCACAAUGUCUGAUGGUGGGACGUACAAAGCUUCCAUAUGGUUUGAAACCACUGUUGAUGUUGGAUGGAGUUGUGUCGUGUUUGACACCAAGUGGACGAUUGUUUAUCAUACCUUUGACUAGUCAUCAAACGCCAAUGCCAGCGGAUUUCCCGUCUCUGCCUGCAGAAGAUGCUGGUCGUGCCUUGCAAAUGCUGUAUGCGGUUGGAAAGAUGGCCGACAUAUGGUGCCUAUUGGGCAUUCUUACUGAUCGAAAACCAUGGGAGAUGCUUGCUGACGCAGCCAUGAGCGCCCUUGAUUUACCGACAGCUUUACGCAUUUACCGUGAUGCAUUGAGCGACUUUGAGAAUGUGGCCAAGAUUGAAGGCUUUGUAUUUAUUGAGAACAUCAAGACCUUGUGUGGUCAUGUAGCAAGCUUCUUUGAAGAGUACGAUCUGGCCCAAGAGUACUUUUUGGAUUCACCAGAACCUGUUGCUGCAUUGGACUUACGUCGAUCUUUGAAGCAGUGGGAUCGAGCUUUGAAGCUAGCUGGAAAACUUGCACCGGCUGAAGUCACUACACUGUCCAAGAUGUAUGCUCAGCAGUUGGAAUCUGAAGGAAAGCACUCAGAAGCUUUAAAAUACUACCAUAAUGCCCUUACAACCUCAGACACUUUCAGUGGUACAACUUUGGAAUUGGAAUUACAUCAAGUCUCAUGCUCCGCUGGUGUCUUGAGAGAAACACUACGAACCGGUGAUAUUGGCAAAGGACUAGCGAUGGUCGCAGACACCGAUGAUCCAAAUCUGCUGGCUGAAUGUGCUUUGAUAUUACGCGAACGACAGGACAGUAGUGGGGUUAGUCUCGCGUUGCAAGAAGGAGAGUUAUGGGAACGUGCUGAGAGAUGGGAAGAAGCUGCUGAUGCUUUCACCAGAGCCAAAGCUUGGAAUCGUGUUGCCAGUAUCCUCCCUAAAGCUGGAUCGAGCAACGGCAAGCUAUGGUCGGCAUUCGCGAAAGCCAAAGAGACGGAGGGCAAGUAUCCAGAAGCCGUGGAUGCAUACGAAAAGACAAUGGAUUAUGGUGCUGCAGUGAGGCUAUGUGUUGAGAAGUUACGAGAUAUUGCUCGGGCAACGGAAUUGGUUCGGAAAACACGGUCUAAAGAUGCCGCUUUGAUAUUGGCCAAUCAUUUCCGAGGCAUUGGAGAUUACAAGUCUGUCAUUGAGUUUUGUUUACUAGCUGAUAUGAAGAAUGAAGCUUUCGAAAUUGCUCAGAAACACGAUGUUAUGGAUCAAUAUGCAGAACUGCUUCAAGAUCAAGCAACUCCAGAGCUUUUGUCAACCAUUGCUGCAUACUUUGAAUCCAAAAGGUCCUUCUACUCUGCUGGUCGAUAUCUUAUGCGCGCAGCGCAAUACCCACGUGCAUUGCAUUGUUUCUUGCAAGCUCCUCCCACUCCUGCAAAUGAAGCUAUUGAUGCAGCCAUUGAGUGUGUUGGACUGGCCAAGAAUGAUGCUUUGACACUUCAGUUGGUGGAUUACUUGAUGGGUGAACGUGAUGGACUGCCGAAGGAUGCCAAGUACGUAUUCCAACUCUACACGUCGCUGGGUCAAUAUCGUGAAGCCGGUCGUAGUGCCGUUAUUAUUGCUAAGCGAGAACAAGAGCGAGGAAACUAUCGAGCUGCUCAUGACAUGCUGUUGGGAUAUCACCUUAUUUUAAGAUCCAAAUCCGUCAAAGCUCCUGCCGAGUUGGAUCGAAUGUUGAUGUUACUUCACAGUUAUCUAUUGGUCAAGAUUUUGGUCAAGUCUGAAGACCAUUCUGCUGCUGCUAGACUCCUAAUACGAGUCGCUUCUCAUAUAUCGCUAUUCCCUGAACACGCUAUACCCAUUCUGGUGUCUACAGUCAUUGAAUGUUACCGGUCAGGGAUGAAAAAGUCUGCAUUUGAACACGCUGCUAUUCUAAUGAGGCCUGAAAAUCGGGACAAGAUUGAAGACAAGCACAAGAAGAAGAUUGAAGGGAUUGUCAGGCAUGUCGUGCCAGAAACGUCUCUGGAUUGUCCAGAGUGCAAGAAUACGCUGCCAUAUUGUAUUGCAACGGGUCAACACAUGCUUGUUCAUGAGUGGUCGCUAUGUCCCAAGUGUCGAUUUCCUGGACUCUAUUCACGUCUAUCAACACUGAUCUCUCAAACGGGAUCUUGCCCAAUGUGUGCUGCACCUCUCAGACCGGACGAGAUCAAGAAGAUGCGAGAUGGUCAGCGGGAAUUAAGUAUUUGGGAGGGCAAACUCCCUCAACCGUCAACAAGUGAGGUUGAUGAUGCUUUGAACAGGAGCAAUCCAGCGUUGUCGACGCGUCAAACAGAGAGUACCGCAUCUCGUCAAGCAUCGGAAGGUCGUGGAUCUUUAGGUCCAGGUCAAGAACAGCAGGAAGCAGUAGUGAAGCCUUGGGCGAGGAGCAAGCAAAGGAAUCUCGGGAGCCAAAGUGGACUUGUAUAG